AUGGCAGCAGCGAAGCUACUGAAAAACACAAGGGAUAAAAAAAUGGUUGCUUUCAAAUUUAAUAUGCUUGUUUUUAUGGCCAUAGUUGCAUCCAUGACAUUUUGUAGCUCCGCGAUGGAGCAUGCGGUGGGUGACGACUCUGGCUGGGUUACUCCUGAAAAUCCCAAUUUCUACGUCGAUUGGGCUGCAAACAAAACCUUCACCGUUGGUGAAUCUCUGCUCUUUGACUUUUACACCGGAUUACAUGAUGUCACACCAGUGAUUAAAGAGGACUACGAUCGUUGUAGCGUCACGGUACCCGGAACUACCAUAAAAACUGGUCCUGCUACCCUAAACUUGUACAUCCCUGGAGAUCAUUAUUUCAUUUGUUCCAUGGACGGGGAUUGCUUGUAUAAUCAAAAAUUAGCAAUUCAUGUUGUAGACAAUGACUCAAGUAAUUGA